AUGGCCGCCGUGCAACAUCUGACGCCGCGCUCAUGGGAGUACUCUGGCCAUGACUGGUAUGCUGCACCUCUGGAGACUACACACAAGAAAGAUUUCUACGGUAUCCGCAUCUACCUUGAGCAUAACGACACUUGGGUGAUGCUUGGCGCAUCAAGCGAAACUGAGCAGGCCUUAGAACAAACCAGCCGGAAAUUUAGCUCUCAUAUUCUGAGACAUAUUGAUUGUCCUUGGGAAGAAGAGAAACGCUGGGUUGCUCAAAGUAUUGGUGCCCGCCCCGAACGUGGACACAGCUAUACAGUGACGGGCGGUGGCUGGGAUGCGAUCAAGACCUAUAUGGAAUGGAUUCGCUCUGGAUUGGAACACUCGCACUUGUGGGGUGAAACAUCGAGCAAUAACUUUGUGCACCAGGCGGGAGAUGUGCUUAGAGCGCACUCCAAGAAUUCAGGAAAUGACUGGGGAUAUUAUGUUGAUGAGUACUGGAAGGAGUGGAAUGGUGAACACACAUACAUACGACCUGACCCCGUGCCACCACGAUACAAAGACACGCUUUCCCCGGGCGAAUGGCUGGAAGCUGGCCACAGCUUGGAACCCAAGGACGGCAGCAUCAAGUUCACGGUACAGACCGAUGGCAAAAUGGUCGUGUACCACGACGGCAAAUGUCUGUUCCAAAAUACGGCCGGACAGGGCCAGGAUAUCCGGGGGCUCAAGCUGGAAGAGGAAGGAAAUCUCUGCCUAUAG